UAGGUGGGACACAGGAAGAUGAAACAGCAAAAAUGUUCUAGCAUCCCUCUUUCAUUUGGGUAGUUUAGCUACAUAAUUGAAGUGAAAAAAAAAAAAACUGCUCGUUACCAGGUCGUGUAAGUUGUCUAAAAGCUAGUUAUAUAAAAUGCUUUUGCAACGUAUUAAGAGUGCCCAUAUCGUGGUCAUGGAAUUUAAAUGGCCCUUGUCUGGCUACUUUAGCUAGGUAACGUUAGCUGAAUAACGUAGCCAACGCGUUAUGCCAUAACAGACCUAGCCAGCUUGCAUCGUCGAAUGUAACUUAUUCCAUUCAUUUCUACUAGAUUUUGUCGGUUCAAUUGAACUGUUAGGUUCGAUCCUUCAUCGACCAUGGCAUGGUUCAUAUGUGUCGUCAUACUUUUGCUCUGCUCAAAAAGUGAGCUAUGCACCACUGGAAAUGCCUCAAAACUCAUUGAGCACACAGCUGCCCAUUUUUUCGAGAAAAUGCAAUCAGGAAAGAUGUAUUUUAUAUACUUUGGAAAACAAGUCAAUCCAACCAUAGGUCUCUUCAUUGAACAGCUGGAGAAGUCUGCAGAUGUUCUAGAAGAUUACGGUAUUUCAGUUGCUAAGGUAAAUUGUACUAAUGAACACAUAGCAAAGUACUGCACUGGAGAGAAGCUGAUGAAAAAAGUUUAUUUGUUCAGGGGUGGCAAUGUCCUGAAGAGUUUCGACACAGACACCGUAUUCGAUGUGAACGCCAUAGUGUCUCACGUUCUCUUCACUGUGCUUUUUGACGAGGUGAGGUACGUCCAUACAAUUGCUGAGCUACAGUCAGUGGAGAGGGCAGCUAAAGGCAAGGCUGAUAUUGUGCUAGGCCAUGUCCAGGUCUUGGGCUUACCAGAGCACCGAGCGUUGAUGGAGACAGCAUUUGUGUACGGAGUCAAGUACCAGUUUGUGCUGACCACAGGAGGCCCAGUGCUGACGAACAUGGGGGUGGAGGAUAUUUCAUCUCUGACAGCAGGUCUGUGGUUCCUGCACUGUAAGGGUGCAUCCCAAUCCCAGCACUCAGACUCCUGUCCACACACGGCCCUAAGGAGAGCCCUCACCACCCUCCACAUCUACACCUUCCUCCAGCUGAUGGAAGCCCCACUGGUGAGUGAGGCCUCAGUGGAGCCUUCAGAAGUGAACAUGGUCCACAGCCACCUCCAGGUGCCCCUGCUCUUCCUCUUCUCUCAGCCCCACACCGUGGCCCUUGACCGGGUCACUGCCCAAACUCUAGCCUGGAGGCUGAGAGGCCAGGUGGGCCUGGUGCUCAUCCACAGAGAGAGUCCUGAUGUAAAAAUCCCACUGGAAUACAAUGCUGCUUACAGACUACCAGGAGAGGGUUCAGAGGUCAAGUACCUGAUUCUGAACAAUCUAGAGGAGGUUAUCGAUCUGUUCAGAGAUGAGAGCACUCCGGAGGAGGAAGAGGACGAUGAUAAUUGGGCCACUCUUGAUGUGCUUGAUGAUGAGGUGGCGGAGUCUGUGUACAGAGACAGGGGCCAGAGUCUGGACAUGGAUGCUGUCACAGAACUCACUGCUGACACGUUCCACAGCGCAGUGGCAGAGAGUGACUACACGGUGGUGCUGUUUUACGUGAAAUGGGAUGCUGUCUCCAUGGCUUUCAUGCAGUCCUACAUAGAGGUGUCAGAAUCCCUAGAAGACGCUGACGUCAGCGACGUGGAGCUGGCUGUGCUGGAUUGUGGGGAGUGGACUGACGUGUGCAGCGCUCAGAAAAUCCGCUCCUUUCCCACCGUCCGUCUGUACCGCCCACAGGAGCCUAGCCAGCCCUACCAAGGCAUGCUGGGUACUGAGAGCCUGAACAGGUUCAUCAUGCUGAGUCGUCUGGUGUCCCCUGUCCUCCUGUCCUCUCCUGAUGAGGUGACAUCAUUCCUGGAGGGGGACAUGUACCAGCGACAUGCAGCAAUCGCCCCUGUCACAGUACUAGGCCUGUUCAGCUCCACAGCAGACGCAGGAGUGCCAGUGUUCAAGGAAGCAGCAAAAGCACUCAGAGGAGAGACGAUGGUCGGGUUGUUUGCUGACAGACAAGCAGAAAUAUGGGCUGUGGAGUAUUCUGUGACGCUGCCAGCCAUUCUGGUGUCACGAGGACCUACAGGCCAAACUGAGGCUCAUUCUCUCAACCUCUCCAUGCCGGACCAACUGGUUACACACAUCCAGAGAGCAUUACUGGAUACAUUUGCCACUGUAAUCGAUGGGGGCCAUUCUGCUCAUCUGAUGAAGGUGCACAUGGAUCAGAUUCAAACUUUGAAGACCGAGAUCGAGUCAUUGAAGGCACACCAGCAGAAAGAGAAACAUUAUCUGAGGGCAGAGAUACAGGCGACAGCUGAUGCAUUGGUCCAGAGCCAGGCGGCAUUGAUGGAGAGUCGGGCGGUAAAUGACACAGUUGAAGAGGGCGAGGAACGAGAUGGAGUCACAAUCCAUGCCAGGCACACCUGUGAGCUCUGGAACUCCACCUCCGACAGGCAGACUCAACAUACACUACCGUUCAAAUGUUUGGGGUCACUUAAAAAUGUCCUUGUUUUUGAAAGAAAAGCAAUUUUUCUUUGUCCUUUUAAAAUGGCAUCAAAUUGAUCAGAAAAUCUGUGGACAUUCAAUGUUGAAAAUGACCUUUGUUACUGGAAAUACAGAUACUGAUAGUGGCCCUCUGUACAUAGGCGUACAGAGGGCCACUAUCAGCAACCUUCACUCCUAUGUUCCAAUGGCACGUUGUGUUAGCCUUUUAAAAUGAGAAACUUGAUUAGCUAAUUGAUCAUUAGAAAACCCUUUUGAAGUGAUAGCACAGCUGAAAAAUUUAGAUUUAAAGAAGCAAUAAAACUGGCCUUUAGAGUAAUUGAGUGUCUGAGCAUUUGUGGGUUUGAUUACAGGCUCAAAAUGGCCACAAACAAAGAACUUUCUUCUGAAACUCGUCACUCUAUUCUUGUUCUCCGAAAUGAAGGCGAUUCCAUGUGAGAAAUUGCCAAGAUACUGAAGAUCUUGUACAACGCUGUGUACUACUCCCUUCACAGAACAGUGCAAACUGGCUCUAACUAGAUUAGAAAGAGGAGUGGCAUGCCCCGGUGCACAACUGAGCAAGGGGACAAGUGAGGCGUCCGUUUCUCAAACUAGACACUAAUGUACAAGUCCUCAACUGGCAGCUUCAUUAAAUAGUACCCGCAAAACACCAGUCUCAACAUCAACAGUGAAGAGGCAACUCCGGGAUGCUGGCCUUCUAGGCAGAGUUUCUCUGUCCAGUGUCUGUGUUCUUUUAGCCAUCUUACUCUUUUAUUUUUAUUGGCCAGUCUGAGAUAUGGCUUUUUCUUUGUAACUCUGCCUAGAAGGUCAGCAUCCCAGAGUCGCCUCUCAAUUUUCAAUUUCUCAAUUUUAACUCUAUUUAAUUCAAAACUGUAACUAGGUAUUUUUUUUAAGCUCUUUGAAGAUGUUGGAUUGUGGCUUGAUGGCAAUUUUCAAGUCUUUCCAUUUUCCAGCAGUUUUAAGUCAAAACUGUAACUUGGAAAAUGCAAUGUCUUCCUGGCAGUGGUGGAAAAAUUACUCAAUUGUUAUACUUGAGUAAAAGUGAGUCACACAGUAAAAUAGUACUUGAGUAAAAGUAUUUGGUUUUAAAUGUUCUUAAGUAUUGUUAGGUUCUAAUUUUCAGAGUACAAACUCAACAGACACUAGGAAAGCUUUAAACAAAGUGUAUUCUGCCCAGAGGGUCAAUACAGCUGCAUUAGACAAAAACAUGGUUUUACUCGUGGUAGUAUCAAUACCACACUUUGGGUGGAGUCUCCUCCUUAUCACUGAACAUUGCAUCAUUAUUGCAGAAAGCUGAGUGAUAUGGGCCUUACACAGUUCCUCCCCUUAUCAGUACUGCUACUUGUGAUUUGUUUUCCCUGCACUCAGCCCUUCCCAAGCUUACCGAUGGCUCCCUUCAUGUCUCUAUUAAACCUAAUGAUUAAUAAUAUAUAAAGCUCAGAAACCAAACCUAUCAGUAUCAAAAGUAAAUGUAAUUUAUAAAAUAUACUGAAGUAUCAAAAGUAAAAGUAAAAUCAUUACAAAUUCCUUAUCUUAAGCAAACCAGACAGCACCAUUUUCUUUUUUCUUUUCGGAUAGCUGGGGGCACACUCUGAUAUCAUUUACAAAUGAAGCAUUUGUGUUUUGAGUAUGUCAGAUCAGAGACCUUAGGGAUGACUAGGGAUGUUCCCUUGAUAAGUGUGUGAAUUGGACCAUUUUCCUGUCCUGCUAAGGAUUCAAAAUGUAACGAGUACUUUUGGGUUCCAGGGAAAAUGUAUGGAGUAAAAAGUACAUUACAUCCUUUAGGAAUGUAGUGAAGUAAAAGUUGUCAAAUAUAAAUUAAGUACAGAUACAAACACAAAAAGGUUAUGUUUUUACUUUGGUACCAUUGCUUCUUGGUAAACAAUUCCAGUGUAGGUUUGGCCUUCUGUUGCAGGUUAUUGUCCGGCGGAGGUGAACAAGCCAUAGAAAGUUGGUUGCAAUUUCAGUUUAAUCCACCAGAAAAGACAGAACAAAUAAUACAGCAAAUAUUGUGGUUAAACUCAAAUAUACUAAUUGAUUAAAAAAAUACUUUAUUAGCUGUACGAUAUUUUCCGUUCCUCCUGAAAGCCCUAAUCUGCUCACUUAAAUGAAUAGAAAUCCUGGUCAUGGUGCAACACUGUUACAGCCCAGUGUCUAGUGUAAAUGAGACUGAAGCAGGUUUUCCUCUAGGAUUUUGCCUUUGCUUAGUGCCAUCCCGUUUCUUUUUAUCCUGGAUAUGCUGAUGUCAAGAAUACCCAUCCCAUGAAGCAGCCACCAACAUGCUUGAAAAUAAGGCUGCAAGUUACUCAGUGAUGUGAUGUGUUGGAUUUGCCCCAACCAUAAGGCUUUGCAUUUAGGCCAGAAAGUGUAUUCCUUUGACGUUUUUUUUUGUAAUAUUACUUUAGUGCCUUGUUGCUUACAAGAUGCAUGUUCUGUAUAUUUGUAUUCUUCCUUUCACUCUGUCAUGGGUAGGCAGGUAGCCUAGUGGUUAGUGUUGGACUAGUAACUGGAAGGUUUCAAGAUCAAAUCCCUGAGCUGACAUGGUAAACUCUGAACAAGGCAGUUAACCCACUGUUCCUAGGCUGUCAUUGAAAAUAAGAAUUUGUUUUUAACUGACUUGCCUAGUUAAAUAAAUAAAAAAUGUAUGUACUUAUUGUGAAGUCACUGCAAUGUUGAUCCAUCCACAGUUUUCUGCCAUUGAACUCUGUUUUAAAAUCACCCAUGGCCUCAUUGUAACAUCCCUGAGCAGUUUCCUUCCUAUCCUACAGCUCAGUGAAGGACGGUUAUCUUUGUCUGGGUAGUUUAAAACAUAAUCCACAGCACAAUUAUUAACUUGACCAUGCUUAAAGAGACAUUCAGGGCCUCCUGAGUGGUGCAGUGGUCUAAGGCCACUAGAGAUUC